AUGAGGGGUGCUUCCCACCUCCAGAUCCUGCUCCUGUUGGUGUUAGGAACCAGGAUGCAAGAGUGUGCAGCUUGCGGGCAGCCCCGCAUGUCCAACCGGAUCGUGGGGGGCCGGGACGCCCAGGACGGAGAAUGGCCGUGGCAGACGAGCAUUCAGCACCGCGGCGCCCACGUGUGCGGAGGCUCACUCAUUGCACCCCAGUGGGUGUUGACGGCAGGUCACUGCUUCCCCAGACGGGUAUUGCCGUCAGAGUACAGUGUGCUCCUGGGAGCACUGAGUCUGGACGUCGCGUCAUCCCAUGAGCUCUUGGUGCCUGUGCUGCGGGUGCUGCUGCCUCCUGACUACUCCGAGGAUGAGGCCCGUGGGGACCUGGCACUGUUACAGCUGCGUCACCCAGUGUCGCUGAGCGCCCGCAUCCAGCCUGUCUGCCUGCCUGCACCAGGGUCUCAUCCACCACCAGGGUCUCCAUGCUGGGUCACUGGCUGGGGUAGCCUCAGCCCAGGAGUGCCACUCCCAAAGGGGAGGCCCUUGCAAGGAGUGAGGGUGCCACUGCUGGACUCUCGAGCCUGUGACCGCCUCUACCACGUGGGCGCCAAUGUGCCCCAGGAUGAGCGCAUAGUGCUACCAGGGAACUUGUGUGCUGGCUACCGCAGAGGUCACAAGGAUGCGUGCCAGGGUGACUCUGGAGGACCCCUGACGUGUAUGGAGUCCGGUCGCUGGGUCCUGGUGGGUGUGGUGAGCUGGGGCAAGGGUUGUGCCCUGCCCAAUCGUCCAGGUGUCUAUACCAACGUGGCCAAGUAUAGUCCCUGGAUCCAGGCUCGCCUGAGCCUCUGA